AUGACAGUUGGUUUGUUCUCGGGACCAGUUCAAAUAUUGUCUUUAUAUUUUAUACUUGUAGCAUUAGCCUACAUAGAAAGUGAUGGUUUUCGACAAGAAGCACCAUUUUUAGUUUCACUACCAUAUUUGACUCUUGCCUUCUGCACUAUGAAUCUUACGAUGCCAGAAAAGAAGCGUUAUCUUACUACGAUUUGGCUCUUGUUGGCUGAUCCGUCCAAUGAAUCUGUUUCUUCCUGUCUUAUCAGAAUGAUUGUAACUGUAAAAUUAUUCUUUCAGCAAUAUCUUCUUAUCUCGUGCCUACAAAACGAAAUAUCCCUCAGUGGACCUCAUUUAUUAUGUCAUUUGGCAAAACUGUAUAUUUACUGA